AUGCUAAAUGAAGAAAGAUACAUGACAUUGAAUAUGCAGUUGAAGAAAAGGAGUUUUACCCAAACAUCCGAACUUACAUAUAAAGAUUGUUCUGUGAUGUUGCACUGGUAUAAAAUCUUAUUGGGAAUAUCUGGAACAGUAAAUGGUAUUCUGGUUUUGACUUUUAUCUCCUUGGCUUUGUUGGUUUCUCAAGGAGUGUUGCUAAAGUGUCCAAAAGGAAAUAAUUCAAAUAACACCCAGGAUGAUAUCAGAAAUCUGAAAAUGAAUAGUGACACAAGAGGAAAUAUAAGUAAUAUAGAUGUGGACCGCUGUGUUUCAAGUGCUACAGACCAUAGAGGAUUGUGCCCAUCAGAGUGGCUCAAAUAUCAAGGAAAGUGUUAUUGGUUCUCUAAUGAGUUAAAAAGUUGGCCUGACAGUUAUGGGUAUUGUUUGGGAAGAAAAUCUAAUCUACUAAUCAUUCACAACCAACUGGAAAUGGCUUUUAUACAGAAAAACCUAAAACAAUCGAACUACGUGUGGAUUGGGCUUAACUUUACCACCGAGAAGAGGACAUGGAACUGGGCGGAUGGUUCUCCAUUAGCUUCAAAGAUAGUCUUCAUAAAAGGAACCACGAGGGAAGACAGCUGUGCUGCCAUCAAGGGAAGUAAAAUUUACUCUGAAACCUGCAGCAGUGUUUUCAAAUGGAUUUGUCAAUGUUAG